CGACAACUUAACAGAAGAGUGCGGAUGAGUACGUUUUUAAAUAACACAGAGGAUAAAAGUCUGAACAGGUCAGAUCAGACCUACACACUCUCUCUGCCAUGUCUGCGCAAAGGUGUUUUAGAGGAAGCAUGCUUCAGCUGAUCUGGGCCAUUAUCCUCGUGUCCCGUCUGAAACCUUUCUGCUCUGCUGGAAAAGAAGACGAGGAGGGAUUUAAACUGUGUGUCACAAUGAGUCGAGGAGUGACGGACCUCUCCAAUCAGAAUCUGGUAGAGGUUCCCUCUGAUAUCUCCAACAACACGCAGUAUCUGGACAUUUCUUACAACUCCAUCAGCGAACUCAAGGAAGCUCCGUUUUCCGGAUUGUCCCAGCUCUGCUUCCUGAAGGCAACCCACUGCCUCCUGAGGAAGAUUUCACCCACAGUGUUCAGCCACACUCCUGCACUCAAAGUUCUUAAUAUAUCUUUUAAUGAAUUACCCUUCAUUCCUGAAUUUCCACUGAAACAGCUGAGAAUUUUUGACCUGAAUAAUAACAUGUACUCCAGUUAUCGGAUGCCAGCAUCAUUUCAGAGUUUAACCAGUCUGGACGUGCUGUCGUUGGGGAGUCCUGCUGCUGUAUCGGUCAACGUCAAUGACUUUGAUCCACUGAUCAAUAUGACUCUUCAUCAUCUGGUUUUGGGAGCAGGAACUCGGUGGCAGAAGUAUGAUUCUGGUUCGCUUGCAAAGAUCAAGUCUCUCCAAAGAUUUUCCCUUAAUGCCUCUUUUUGUGAUAAUUGGUCUAUGUUUGAGAACCUUCUCAAGGACUUGAAUGAGACGCAAGCAAAAUCGCUGAGAUUUAUCUCUGUGUUUCCAGACAGCUGCAACGUUAGUGAGAACCUCUUCUAUAACCUGCGAAUGAUGCCGUGCAUCCAGAACCUGACCAUAGAAAACACCUGGAUAAACAGCUCAUUCAUGGAGGUUUUCAUUAAGAAUGUGUGGCUGUCCCAUCUUUAUGAUGUCUCCUUUGUUAACAUCACCUACAACGAAGACACACCUGACGGGUUUCAGUUUCCCACCAUUAACCACACGACCAAUGUCCACUCGUUUACCUUCAAUGGAGUUAAUCACUAUCAAUACAGAUAUCCCACGAUCAAUAUGAGCUUUGAUGCUGUCUCAAAACUGACCUAUCUAAAGUUUUCUGGGACAGGAAUGAACAUUUUACCCUGCAGGGUCUUGUCUGCCCUGCCUUCGCUGGAGACACUUGACCUGUCCAACAAUCUGUUGUCAGAGUCGGGCUUCUGGUGGUUUAAGUGUUCACACACCUCGACCUUCCCGAAGCUACGACGACUGUCCUUAAGUAAGAACCGUUUCAGCAGCCUUUCUCAAAUCGCUAAAAACAUGCAACAGAUGAAGACAGUAGAAUCUCUAGACCUCAGCUUCAACUCCAUCAACCUGGACGGGGACUGCCUUUGGCCUGCUCAGCUGACUGAGCUCAGCCUGGGAAACAACAACCUGGGGAACGACAUCUUUAAAUACCUCUCACCAAACUUUAUGAAGAUUGAUUUAUCUAAAACAGGAAUAACAGCAAUAACACAUGAAGAUCUGUCUGGAUUUACAAAGCUGACGCAUCUCAAGCUGAGCUCCAACAGCAUCCAGGUCAUUCCUUCAACUCUCGCCGCUCCGGCUCUGAUCAGCCUCUACGUCGACCAAAAUGCCAUCACCUCUAUAACCAGGGAGUCUUUAGCCGGGCUGCCCCUCCUGAAGACCCUCAAAGCUGGGAGCAACCCCUUUCUCUGCUCAUGUGACUCCCAUUGGUUUGUUACUGCUUACAACAAGUCUUUGCUUGUGGACUGGCCGUUAGAUUACACUUGCAGCACCCCGCCAUCAUUUGCAGGCCUGCCACUGUCCGAGUAUAAAACCAGCGAGUUGUCUUGUGAGGCUUGGCUUCAAGCCACAGUAGCUCUGCCCGUGGUGGUGGUGAUAUCUGCGGCCACGGCUCUGCUUUUCUAUAAAUGUGAUGGACUCUGGUAUACAAAGAUGUUGUGGGUCUGGAUCAGGAUGAAGAAGAGAGGCAAGAAACGCUCCAACAUGUUUAAGGAUGUCUCGUUUUGUUAUCAUGCCUUCAUCUCAUACAGCCAUCAGGACUCUGGCUGGGUGGACAACCAACUGGUACCCUCCCUGGAAGGUGCUGGCUUUUUGCUCUGCGUCCAUGAGCGAGACUUUGUCCCUGGUGAAUGGAUAAUAGACAACAUAGUCAACUGUGUGGAGUCCAGCUACAAGACACUGUUUCUGCUGUCCAAGCACUUCGUGCAGAGUGAAUGGUGCAACUACGAACUCUUCUUCGCCCAGCACAGAUCGAUCAGCAUCCAAGAGGAUUCUUUAGUUUUCAUAUUACUGGAGCCAAUACCAACCGACUCUUUUCCCAAGAGGUUCCUGAAGCUGAGGAGCUUACUGAAGCAGCAGACAUACCUGGAGUGGCCGAAGGAUGAACGGAAGCAACAGCUUUUCUGGGCUAGUCUUAAAUCUAUGCUGCACAUGGCGGAUAAAGCCAUUGUUCUGAAAAAUGUGGCAGAAGCCAUGUUAGAUACACUUCCUCUGGUCAGCAGCGAAGUGUAAGGGAUAUAAUCAUUGCAUGGUCAGUUGAUUUUUUAAAAACUGUUGAAAUGCCAGAAUGUUUAGUGAAUUAAUUUUCUCCCCCAAUGCAGUACUGAAUUUUCAUCUUCCUGGAAGAUGCUGCAAAAGUUAGAAAUCUCUAUUAUUAUUUAAACAAGCUCAGAUGUGUCAUGCUGUCAAAACGAAUUAGAGAGAAGUCAUAUGAUUCUGUAAAUAGAAUUUAAAAGAUCUAAUUUCAGAUCUGUUUCAUAAGGGAAUGAUCCAUAUCAUCUUCACAGAGCAAGAAGUGAAUCAUUUGUUCAGUUUGAGCAGAUGUUGCAGGAAAAUGUCUCCACCUACUGUUUGUAAUGCAGUCAUACAACACAGACAAAAAUAACGCUUCAUGGUACAGAAAUCAUUCAAAUUUAAGUACAAGAUUUACAACUACAGAUGUUGAUGCUCCAAAUAAAACAUUCAUGUUUGCAAAGGUUUCUGAUAUAUGUGUGUUCAAAAUCCAUUAAUGUCCAUUAAU